AUGACCCCGCCACCAAAGGUUGCGCAGAAAAAGGGCGACUUUGCCAAAAUCGUGGGCACAUAUACCUCACACUUCGGCAAGAAUGACGACCAAGCCACCGUCGCCGACGACCGGCGGAAGAAAAGGCAGGCAAAUGCAGCUGAUCUUGCCGAUUCAUACUACAACUUUGCCAGUGCUGCGUACGAGAAUGGCUGGAGCACGCAUUUCCACUACACACCGUUUGCGCCCAAUGACACAAUCCAGUCAGCCAUGACCUUUUACGAACACCGGUUCGCAAUGCUCAUGGGCCUGAAAGCUGGCAUGAAAGUUCUGGACGUGGGCUGCGGAAUCGGUGGCCCAGCACGGGAGAUUGCGAAAUUCAUCGGCUGCGAGGUCGUCGGAAUCACUAUCAACCAAUAUCAAGUCGAUCGUGCGAUACAACUCACCGCACAGGGAGGGUUGAGUGACAAGUGUACGUUCAUAAAGGGUAAUUUCCUGCACCUCCCUUUUGCCUCUUCAACCUUCGACGCCGCCUAUGCGAUCGAGGCGACUGUCCACGCCCCGUCGCUCCUAGCCGUAUAUACUGGGAUUGCCCGCGUGCUGAAGCCGGGUGCGAUUUUUGGCCUUAGUGAAUGGGUCAUGACACCGCAAUUCGACCUUUCGAACCCAAACCAUGUCAGCAUCCGUAACAGGCUGGAGCGCGGCAACGCGCUGCCGAAUGUGCAUACAAGUGAACAGGCGCGGGCCGCCAUGCGAGGCGCCGGCUUCGAGAUCCUCCAUGACGAAGACUAUGCCAAUCAUUUCGCACAUCUAGCCAGGGCAAAUACUAGAGGAAAAGAGGACAAAGAUGAAGCGACACUGCAAUCACCGGCCUUGAUCCCCUUUCUUUCCAGGCUGUCAUCCUCAUCUUCAACGUCUCCCUCGUCCUCGCCAGAUUUCCAAACCGCACCAUGGCUCUCAAAACCAAUGCCGCUCCAUGCCCCUGCCCACCGGCCCUGGUACUGGCCAUUGGGAGGGGAAACGCACCACGCCACGACAUGGGGCGACUGGUUCACGGUGUGGAAGAUGUCCAUGUGGCCGCGACGCAUCUGCUACGCCGUGCUAUGGGUCUUUGAACGCGUGGGAAUCGCGGAAAACGGUGUCUGUGAUGCCAUGACGACCCUUGCGUACUGUGUCGACAGUGCCGCUGAGGGCGGCAGAGAGGGCAUUUUUACGCCUUGUUGGUGGUUCAUUGGGAGGAAAGCUGGUGAAGUGAGCCAGCAUCAACACGGGGUUGGGUAA